AUGUCUUCGACGGAGGGCCCGAGUCGCGCAGCGGACAAGUCACCGCGCCAGCAGGUGGACCGUCUGCUGGUGGGCAUGCGCUGGAGGCGGCUGGAGGAGCCUCUGGGCUUCAUCAAAGUUCUCCAGUGGCUCUUUGCUAUUUUCGCCUUCGGGUCCUGCGGCUCCUACAGCGGGGAGACAGGAGCAACAGUUCGCUGCAACAACGAAGCCAAGGAUGUGAGCUCCAUCAUUGUUUUGUUCGGCUAUCCCUUCAGGUUGAACCGGGUCCAGUAUGAGAUGCCCCUCUGCGACGAUGACUCCACCUCCAAGACUAUGCACCUGAUGGGGGAUUUCUCUGCUCCCGCUGAGUUCUUUGUGACCCUGGGCAUCUUUUCCUUCUUCUACACCAUGGCUGCACUAGUUGUCUACCUGCGCUUCCACAACCUCUACGCAGAGAACAAGCGUUUCCCCCUGGUGGACUUCUGCGUGACUGUCUCCUUCACCUUCUUCUGGCUGGUAGCUGCAGCGGCCUGGGGCAAGGGCUUGACAGACAUCAAGGGGGCCACACGGCCAUCCAGCCUGACGGCAGCCAUGUCUGUGUGCCAUGGAGAGGAAGCAGUGUGCAGCGCUGGGGCCACACCCUCCAUGGGACUGGCCAACAUCUCUGUGCUCUUCGGCUUUAUCAACUUCUUCCUGUGGGCCGGGAACUGUUGGUUUGUGUUCAAGGAGACCCCGUGGCAUGGGCAGGGCCAGGACCAGGACCAGGGCCAGGGCCCCAGCCAGGAGAGCGCAGCUGAGCAGGGAGCGGUGGAGAAGCAGUAA